AUGCCGAGAGAAAUCAUCACGCUCCAAGCAGGCCAAUGCGGCAAUAGCGUGGGCUCUCAAUUCUGGCAACAACUCUGCCAGGAACACGGCAUCAAUCGCGACGGCAACCUCGAGGACUUUGCGACAGAAGGCGGCGACCGCAAGGAUGUCUUCUUCUACCAGUCCGACGACACGCGCUACAUCCCACGCGCCAUUCUGAUGGAUCUCGAACCAAGAGUCCUCAAUGGUAUCCAAACAGGCCCGUACAAGAACAUCUACAACCCCGAGAACUUCUACAUCCACAGCGGCGGCACUGGAGCUGGAAACAACUGGGCUGCUGGUUAUUCCAUGGGCGAGACAGUGCAAGAGGAGGUUCUGGACAUGAUUGAUCGCGAGGCCGACGGCUCUGACAGUCUCGAGGGCUUCAUGCUGCUGCACUCGAUUGCUGGUGGUACAGGUUCUGGUCUGGGUUCAUACCUACUGGAACGACUCAACGACCGCUUUCCCAAGAAACUCAUUCAGACAUACUCCGUCUUCCCCGACACGCUACAAUCAGGAGAUGUCGUUGUCCAGCCGUACAACUCAUUGCUGUCCAUGAAGAGACUGACUCAGCACGCCGACAGUGUCAUCGUCCUCGACAAUGGCGCCCUCUCUCGUAUUGCUGCAGACACUUUGCACGUCCAAGCACCUUCGUUCCAACAGACCAACCAACUCGUCAGUACCGUCAUGAGUGCCUCGACGACCACUUUGCGCUAUCCUGGAUACAUGCACAACGACCUUGUCGGCAUCGUCGCCUCGCUGAUCCCUACACCACGCUGCCACUUCCUGCAGACCAGCUACACCCCCUUCACAGGCGAGAACGUUGAAGCCGCAAAGACGGUUCGCAGAACUACUGUCCUCGAAGUCAUGCGCAGACUGCUGCAGCCCAAGAACAGGAUGGUCAGCUCGAACCCCUCCAAGAACAGCUGCUACAUCAGUAUCCUCAACAUCAUCAUGGGCGAAGCAGACCCCACUGAUGUCCACAAGUCCCUCCUCCGUAUUCGCGAACGCCGCCUCGCAACAUUCAUUCCAUGGGGCCCUGCCUCGAUUCAAGUCGCCCUCACCCGCACCUCUCCUUACACCACUGGCCCACACACGCCGCGCGUCUCUGGUCUGAUGCUCGCAAACCACACGGGCAUCUCGACUUUGUUCAAACGUAUAGUGUUCCACUACGAUCGUCUCCGCAAGCGUAACGCCUUUUUGGAACAAUACAAGAGAGAGGAUAUCUUCAGGGAUGGCCUCGGAGAGUUUGACGACGCGAGAGAAGUCGUCAUGGAUCUGGUGCGAGAAUACGAGGAUGCUGAGAAGGAGACCUACCUCAGUGGACCCACUGCUGCGCCGGAAUCUGAGGAUAGAGAUGGCAGGACUGAUGGUAUCAGGUGA